GUCAACGCCGUCAACGUAGGACGACAAUGCCGCCUCGAUUAAGUCUGAAAGUGCCCUCCUUGGAGGAUAUCUGUCUCAACGUGUAUUACAAAUACAUUCAGGAUGAAAUGGCUCUGAUCUGCUCGCUCAAGCAGUUUGAAGACAAAUCCGUGUUGGUCAAGCGUUUUAACAUGUCGUCCAAGACGUUAUUUCAAACGCUACGGCUUCAACUCGAGUGUGGUCUGAGCGGAAUCCUCCAAGAUAUUGUCAGACAAAAGCUUCUGGAUCGAAUCAUCCUGGAAUUUCACCGAGAACAAAGUGCUCCCACUAUCAGCUCAACGUGCUUAGUUCAACUUGUGGAAUUGGUCCUGGAUAGCAGUAUUAUGAACGUUGAUUUGGGCAUGAACAAGAAUUGGCCAGAGUUUGAGGAUUUAGAAAUCACCAAGAGUCUCUGGACCCUCGUGUCAAGUCGGUGCUCACAAAUGAAGAAACUCGUGUUACCCAAAGAGCUCAGCUAUCUGAGCAGUUUGAAUCCCGUCAUCCUGCAAGGAUGUCACUUAACGCACCUCACGUUGAAGCGAAAUGUGCCCAAUAACAUGUUCCUGUCACUCUUGGGCUCCCAUUGUGUCUCAUUAGAGCAAUUGGAUAUCGCGGGGGCCGAUGUAGUCACCGAUUUUGGCAUGGCCUGUCUGUUGCUGGAUGAUCCCGAGCAAAUGUUUCUCGAGUGUUGGAACAGAGAGAUGACGGUGGGACAGCCUAAACAAUCUCUUCGGGCAUAUCCUCAUCCCCAUUUCGACAAACCCAUUCCAGAUUCCGGCGAGACAUUGCUUCGCUCCAGUGUUCAAUACUUGCAUCUGAAAAGGACUUUUCACGAGGUGCUCAGGGAUACAAAGUUCGCCUGGCAGUCGACAAAACUUUGUCGAACGUUGAAGAAGAUCCGCCUGGAGAACACCAAGGUCAAAGGUGAUGGAGUAGCCUUGUUACUAGAUCUGUGCCCCAACAUCUAUUCAUUGGGCUACCUUGUCUUUGCCGCAGCGGGUUUAAAACAGGUUUUUGGAAACGAGCGUAAGGUGAGCACCAAAUUCACGGAAAUCUUCUACCGAGGUCCCUCCGAUCAAAAGCUUCAAACCAUGGCCAAUUGCUGUCCCAAUAUCCAAACGCUCUUCCUCGGCAGCAACACGUUGCGAAGUGUCAAUUCCAAGGUGUUUCUAGAAUGGGCUCAAUUGGAAUAUCUGACCUUGGAAAAUGUCAUCUUGCGUGACGUGAUCUCGUGCCUCAAAACCGUGGGCACCCAAUUGUUAGGCUUCAAGGUUCAAUGUGCAGACAUCUCCUUAGAGGAUGUGGCUUUUUUCUGCCCCAAACUGCAAUCCUUGGUGCUUCAGAAAGAGAAUCCGAGAGAUUUGGACAAAUCGAGCUCGACUAAUCGACAGCCACAAAUGAGUCACCUCCGGACUCUGGAAGUGACAUGCACUACUUUCCCCAAGGGUUGCUUAAAUUAUGUUCUGAAGAACUCGCCGAUGUUGCGGCAAGUUAAAAUUUACACGGUCACAGGACUGUCCAAAGCUGACAUUCAAAGUUGGUCCAAAUGUGCACCCUCUCUUCAAACUCUAUUCAUUCAGAACGCGCCAAGCGUAGACCGGGAGGGUCUCGAUUUGAUCUUGGAAGUGUUUCCCUCUUUAGAGGUAAUUGGUGAUUUGGGGUCGUUCAAUUUGCGCAAACCGACCGACUUGAAACGCCUAAUGACUCGAGCCCAUGAGGAGGCUUGGAACUUGAAAAUUGAGGCCUCCAACUUUGAACCUUCUACGAUUACUCUGAGAGAAGAAUCCUUCGAGUAUCUGAAGAACUUUAACAAAUUCCUAAGUCUGCAUUGGUUCUACUUGACCGAAGCACCUUUGAAGAAGAAGAAGAACAAGUAGUUAAUGCCGAUCGGUGAUCCCCAUUCGCUUCACUAAAAGUGAGCUUUUCCAAAAUACCAACCAUAUUGAAUCUUGAUAACGUAUGUUGCGAUCACAAUGAAGAUGCCAAAUAAAGAGUGCCAGCUUCUUCUCAAAUAAAA